CCUUAUUGGGAUUACAAAAAAUCCAUCUUUUCUACGUAGGGUAUGGAAAUACGACAAUGUUAAUGUUUCCACUCUGAAUAACUCAAUUCGUCACUCGCGACUUUGUAAUAUAAUUGAAGACUCAAAUGACUUGAACAACAUUGGGAAAGAGUUCACCAGUUCAUUAUUCGAUAUUUUUUGUUCUUGCAUUCCAAAUAAACAAAUAAGAGUAAAAUCAAAUGACAAGCCAUGGUUUACUGACAAAAUCAGAACAUUAAUCAACAAAAGGAACAAAUGUCACUAUGCAUUUCGCCAUUCUAACAAACCUGAACAAUUUGAUAGAUAUCUUGCCCAGUGCACAAUUGUAGAUAAUGCCAUUACUCAAGCGAAACUCGAACAUGAAAAGCGGAUAAUUAGUAAAAUGGAAACACAACAUUUUGGUUCAAAAUCUUACUGGAACAUCACAUCUAAAUUAUUUUCAAACAGUCGAUCUAGUUCAAUACCUAUUCUUGUUGACGAUCUGGGUAAUACUGUCAGGUCAGGCAAAGAUAAAGCCAAUAUUUUCCUGAAUCAUUUUAUUAAAAGUUUUCAUUUUGAAGGGCCUGUUGAUAAUGCUUUUUUACAUC